AUGGCCGACGCCCCGCCGCCCGCGCCCGUGACCGCGCCGCGCCGACGCCCCCGCAGAGAGCCGUCGGAGCCCCGGAGCGAGAGCGACUGGGAGGAGGGAUCCAGCAGCAGGGAGGGCUCCCCGGGCGCCGACAGCGCCGACGGAGACGCCGUGCGCCGCGCCGCGCGCCGCUGGAGCGACGACCGGGCCGCGCGGAUCUCGGGCACCGCCGCCGACGCCGGCUGGUGGCUCGGCGAGAUCGAGCGCGACCGCGUGCGCCUCGUCCGGGACUGGGUCCAGGUCCAGAUGGAGGCCGCGCGCGACCGCGACCGCGACCAGGGCGGCGCCGACGGCGGCGACCCGCCGCACCCGCCCCCGUCGCCCGCCGCCGGCCCCCGGAUCCGCGGCCGCCAGGCCAGGCUCGAGCUCGUCAUGCGCCUCGCCGCCGACCGCCACGCCGAGCUCCAGCGCCUCUCCCUCCGCCGCGCCGUCUCCGCCUUCCCCCACCGCAACCGAAUCCACGCGCUGCUCCGGGGAAGGUUUCUGCGGAACGGCGGCCUGCCGGAGGAGGAGAGGAGGCAGCCGUCGGUGGCCGCCAGGGAGCUCGGGCAGCUCCGGCAGCGCCACCCCGUCUCCGGCCUCAGAUUGGAGAAUCUUGUACGAGGUCAAGCAGCUAGCCGGUCGGAUUCAUCUUCAGCUCAGACUGUCGAGCUCUCAACCAUUGACCAUUCUGAAUCAAGCCGUGCUGCUUCUGAAGAUACUCAGGACAUGCAUCGACAGGCAAACGAUAAUGUUGAUCUUCAGCGAAUUGGAGAGACAGCAACAGGGUCAGAUUAUGGAAGCAAUGCUCCUAGUAUUGCUGAAGGAUUGUCCGAGCCUCAUAGUCAGGAGGAGGGUUGGCAGGAAGAUUUGGAGGUGGUGGAUAGAAGAAGAGACUGGGAUCAGUUUUCCCAUGCUAUUACUACGACUGGAGAGGGAUCUGGCAGAAACUGGAUUGAAAGUGCGGACAGCAGUUCAUCAUCGUCUGAUGAGAGGACAACAGAGGCUGGAGAUCGUCAAGGUGCCUCGUAUCUUCUGGAAACAAGUGAUGAGUCAACAAUUAGUGAUAAUAAUCUUCCUGAAGCACAUGAAGAGCAGCUUGACAGUAACCAUCUCCCCGAAGCGCUUGAAGGCAACAAUCAUCUCCAAGAAGCGCGUGGAGAGUGGAACAGGGAGGGUAAUGAUCCCGCACAAGUGCGUGAUGAGUGGCCCAGUGACGAUCAUUUUCCAGAAAUGAAUGAAGUGUGGCACGACGACGAUGAGUCCAAUGGGAGUGCGCAUAACUGGCAUGACGAUCAUUCAGAGCAACCCGUUGACCAGGAGUCUACGCUCAUCAGAAGAGUUAAUACAUUUACCCCUGGCGAUGACGAUAAUGUCUACAGCACAGAACUAAGGGAGCUUCUAAGCAGAAGGAGCGUUUCUAAUCUUCUUGAUAGCGCUUUCCGUGAAAACCUAGACCGCCUUAUCCGGUCAUACGUUGAACGGCAAGGUCGUGGUCCUCUCUCUUUGAAUCUGCAAGGAACACCUGCGGUAGCAGCAGCAACCCCUGACCAGCAGGAGCAAGAUCAAGAAGAGCAGCGGCAUGGAGAUGACGACGAGGAACAGCAACUUCUUCGUGAUGCUGCAAAUGUUAGGCCUCGCUUAGUGAUCCCACCUCCACCUAUGCCUCCUCGUCAACCACUUUGGCAUUCGGAGCUGCAUCAUAACAACUGGAUGAGACAGAACAUCAACCGCUCCGAUAUCGAAUGGGAGGCUAUUAAUGAUUUGAGGGCUGAUAUGGCUAGACUUCAGCAAGGUAUGGGUCAUAUGCAAAGGAUGUUGGAAGCUUGCAUGGAUAUGCAGCUUGAGUUACAACGUUCUGUGAGGCAGGAAGUUUCCGCGGCCUUGAAUCGCUUCAUCGGGGAGCAAGGGGAACCCAAGGAGACCAUCGACGAUGGAUCGAAAUGGAUGAAUGUGAGGAAAGGCACUUGCUGUGUAUGCUGUGAUACUCCGAUCGAUUCUCUUCUGUACAGAUGUGGGCACAUGUGCACGUGCUCGAAAUGCGCGAACGAGUUGGUUCGAAGUGGAGGGAAGUGUCCGCUGUGCCGCGCACCCAUUAUUGAGGUGAUCCGAGCUUACUUCAUCAUGUAA